AUGACAAUUUGUCAAUGCUUUAUUGCAACACUUGUUGGUUUAACAGGGCUUUUUGCUAGUGGGGAUUGGAGGAAUUUGGAGAAAGAAAUGGAAGAGUAUAAAUUAGGGAAAGUGUCAUAUGUUGUGUACUUGGGUUUAGGAACUAUAUUUUCUCAAGCACAAACUCUAGGUUCUAUUGGAUUGAUUUUCAAGGUAUCUUCCUUGUUCAGCAAUGUGAUUUUAAUUCUAGGGUCUCCUCUUACUCAAAUAUCAGCUGUUGUACUUUUGCAUGAUAGUGUGAGCGGUUUGAAGUUAGUUUCGUUGGUUUUAGGCUUAUGGGGUUUUGUAUCAUAUCUGUAUCAGCAGUACCUUGAUGGUUGGUUGGCAAAUGCUGCUGAAAUUAGAACCUCUGAUCAUGAUGUUGAUGAAGUAGAGUCCCACUAA